AUGCAAGACAUCGCAAUCGUGGGAUUCUCCAUCAAGUUUCCUGGCGAUGGUGACACACCGGAGGGGUUCUGGUCGAUGCUAGCGGAAAAGCAAUGUGUUAUGGAGGAAUGGCCGACAGAGCGGUUCAAUCUGGAGGCCUUUGCUGGCCGCAGCUCCAAGGGGUUUGUACGAGGUGCACAUUUUAUGAAAGAGGACUGUGGGUUAUUCGAUGCCGCAUUUUUUGGCAUUUCGGGAACCGAAGCGUGUGCCAUGGACCCUCAAGCUCGCCUAUUGCUGGAGACUGCAUAUCGGGCGCUGGAGAAUGCUGGGAUACCUAUGGAAGCCGUGACUGGUACGAAGACCGCGGUCAUCAACGGCUGCAUGGCCGACGACUACAGGCACAUCAUCGCGCACGACCCAGAUGUUAUCCCCAAGUACACAGCAGUAGGAUCUACGGCGUGUAUGCUCGCCAAUCGGCUGAGCUGGUUCUUCGAUCUCCGGGGCCCCUCGGUGAACCUCGACUCAGCCUGUUCCAGCAGCCUGAUGGCGUUGGAUCUGGCGUGCCAGAGUCUGCGAAACGGGGACUCGAACAUGGCCCUGGUGACCGGAUCUAACAUUCUGAUUGGCAUUGAACCCAUCCUUUCCCUCAUGAACAUGAGUUUCAACUCACCCGACGGCCGAUGCUUUAGCUUCGACGCACGUGCUAACGGAUAUGGGCGCGGUGAAGGAGUAGGUGUGUUGGUAGUCAAGCGGCUGGAGGAUGCGGUACGUGAUGGAGACAUCAUCCGCGCCGUGGUCCGAUCUACGGGGUCGAACCAGGAUGGCCACACACCGGGUUUAACCCAGCCGAGUAAAGAUUCCCAGGCCCGCUUGAUCUUGGACACAUACAAGAAAGCCGGUUUGGAUCGCCUGGAGACGAGAUUCUUCGAAGCGCAUGGGACUGGUACGGCGAUAGGAGACCCCAUUGAGGCUGAUGCCAUAGGAAGCGUCUUCCGAGCCUUUCGCUCUCCGGAAGAUCCUCUGUACAUAGGAGCAGUGAAAUCGAACAUUGGACAUCUCGAAGGAGGCAGCGGCAUUGCUGGCAUUGUCAAAACCAUUCUAGUAUUAGAAAAAGGGCUCAUUCCACCCAAUGCCAACUUCGAGCAUCUAAACCCCAACAUCGAUGCCGAGUUCCUCAACCUAAGGGUUCCCACUGAUCUCAUUCCGUGGCCAACAAAGGGGCUACGACGUGCCUCUGUAGCCUCUUUUGGCUUCGGGGGCUCGAAUUCUCAUGCCAUUCUUGAUGACGCCUACCACUAUCUCCUCGAGCGCGGGCUGCUUGCCUCGGCCUCCCACUGCACUGUCCCGGACCCUACACAUAGUGGUACCAUCGAGAACGGGCUGUGCAGAACAACAGUCGAGGUCAAUGGAUUGGAGGGGUCCCUUGCCUCACCGAUGUUCGAACCAAAAUCAGCAGAUGGAUUGUUAUCUCAGCUUCUCAUCUUCUCCACCUCAGACGAAGCAGGCAUCCAGCGGAUGGCAAAUGCUUACACGCGGUACUUCCAAAGCCUUCCAUCCUUUCGCCGCGGUCGAGACGAAGAAGUUUCUUUCGUCAAAAGAUUAGCCACAAUGUUGGCGCAAAGGAGAAGCAAGCUAAACUGGAGGUCCUUUGCAGUGGCUGAUGGCUCACUUGACUUCCUACGCGAUCAAUUGCCGUCCGCCAUAUCCAAGCCAGUCCGUGUUAAUGAACGCAAAUCUUUGGGCUUGGGGUAUAUAUUCACGGGUCAAGGAGCACAGUAUCGGCGAAUGGGAGUAGACCUCCUCAAGUACCCCAUCUAUCGCUUUACCAUGGAUCAAUGCCAGGAGGCCUAUAGCAGCUUUGGGAGCGAGUGGUCGAUCUACGAUGCUUUGCUCGAUCCUCACAAUACAUUGGAUAUCAACGAUCCCAAGUAUGCGCAGCCCCUAACUACCGCAUUGCAAAUCGCUUUGGUGGAACUGCUGGCAUCCUUUGGACUGAGGGCACGAAUGGUGAUCGGUCAUUCCUCGGGCGAGAUCGCCGCCGCAUAUGCGCUCGGGGCAUUAUCGUUGGACUCUGCAUGCAAGGUGUCGUAUUUCCGAGGCGUCUUUGCCAGCCGUCUGCGGGAGAACGCCGAGGUUACCACCAGAAGUGCAGGAGCCAUGCUGGCCGUGGACCUUUCCGUAUCUGAUGCGGAACCCUACCUGGACCGCGUCAAAUCGGAGCUGAACAUCGACAACAUUCACGUUGCGUGUAUCAACAGCCCGCACAAUGUGACAAUAUCGGGAGAUGCAGUCGCAAUCGAUCGAUUCAAAUCCAUUGUGGACAGCAGCAUAACGACAACUAUCGUGUCGCACCGCCUGAGGACAGGGGUGGCAUACCACAGCCCCCAAAUGCAGCAGGUUGCGACAGAGUAUGAGUACGCUCUGGCUAAUCUCAGGUCGCAACCUGACUUCAACAGCCGAGGUACAGCAGGGAUAACAAUGGUUUCGUCCAUCACUGGCAUGGAAGUCGAAAACACGGCCGUUCUAUUGACUGCGAGGUAUUGGGUACAGAACAUGGUGAGCCCGGUGCAGUUCUCUGCCGCUAUGGUCCAGGCACUCGUUCACUCUUCGGUGCGCAAGGGACGCCAACAAAGACCCAAAAGGCUGGGCGCCGUGACACACAAUGUGGUUAUCAGUGACUGGAUCGAAAUCGGACCUCAUAGCGCCCUAAAACGGCCCUUUCGAGAAAAUUUAGGUGUGGUUGACAAGAAGACUAAAAGCCCGGUCGUCCGGUACUACAGUGUUCUUGAUCGGCAUAGCCCGUCCAUUCACUCCCUCCAGACGAUGGCAGGCAAUCUGUUUUCGCUUGGUUACCAACUAGAUUUGGGAGAGAUCAAUCAGACCCAGAAAAAGACAGGAUCGGGCUUUGAGGGGAUCAUCACCAACCUCCCCGAGUAUCCUUUCAAUCACACGAAGCGGUACUGGUUCGAACCAGAAGCCACGAAGAACAUCCGACUCCGGCCACACAAAAGGCACGAGCUGCUCGGAGCCCCUUUUCCGGAUUCCACCCCACUGGAGAGCAGAUGGAGAAAGAUAUUUGAUGCGACCGAAACUCCAUGGCUACUGGAUCAUGCAGUAAAUGGCAAGGCCAUCUAUCCAGCUACGGGCAUGAUCGUCAUGGCCAUCGAAGGGGCCCAGCAGUUGGCCGAGAAAGGAAGAGUCAUCUCCGGAUACUUUCUACAUGACUCCGUCUUUGUGAAUCCCAUAGUCAUCAGGCCAGGUGGCGACAAGACUGUGACGCAUCUGCACAUGAGGCCCUUGCGUCAGACCCAGGACCAGUUGUCCCAUGCUUAUGACUUCCAAAUCUACACAGAGGUGGGCGAUCGGUGGCAGACAAACUGCCGCGGGCAAAUCUCAAUCCAGUAUGAGGGUAAAUCCACCGGUGCGACCAUCGCGGAGCAGCAGCAGCAGCAGCAAGUGACAAGGGCGGAUACCGUGGCUCUGCAGUUGCAGCAAGAGGAGGCCUUCUACAAAGAGCAGUGGGAAACCGCUCGUCGAGAGUGCCACAUGCACGUGCCUACGAGCAAGAUCUACAAGACCUUUCAAGCCAAUGGGCUGCACUAUGGACCAUCGUUCCAAGUCAUGGAUGAUCUACAGUGGGGGGGAUCUAAUAUCUCGACCGGGACGAUCAAGCCCUUCGAGUGGACCGCAGAGCAAUCCGAAAAUGCUCCAGAGCCGCACAUGGUUCAUCCCUCAACACUGGACGGUCUGGGUCAACUAGGCUGGGUAGCCCUUACGCAGGGAGGCGAGAAACUCGUCACCACAGGUCUAGUGUCGACUCGGGUGCGCGAGGCUUGGAUUUCUGGCGCCGGGGCCUCCGCAGAGCACAUUGACACCCUGCAUGCUGUGGCACACAGUCGGUUUAAGGGUCUGCGAGGUACGGACACCUCCGUAUAUGCCGUUGACAGCAGCGGUAACUUGCGGUUGUGGAUCUCGGGGAUGGAAACCACCUCCAUGUCUAGUAACAACGCGCUGGUGGGAGAGGCACAACGGAGAGAACUAUGCUUCUCGAUCGACUGGAAGCCGGAUUUGACUCUAAUGAAUCGUGAGCAGCUACGGGAAUACUGCGGUCAACGCCCUUCUCACGGGGAGACAAAUGGGGCUGGAGUCCGAGCCACCAAUGGGCUCGACUGUGCAGAAGAGACCGAUUAUCUCCUUAUGCAAUACGCACGUCGAGCUGUGGAAAGGUAUGCCGACCGCCAAGCUAGAUUAAACCUGCCUGUCCAUCUGCAACGGUAUCUUGAAUGGCUGGAGCGCAAGCUUGCCACUACGACCUGUGAUACUAUGCAAGACCGCCCUGGAGACCAAGCCCUUGAAGACCGCGUGUUGAACCAGACCUCGGCGGGGCAUUUAUACGUCACUUUCGGAAGAUUGCUGGAUUCGAUUCUUGACGGGGAUAUUGAGGCCGGCCCAAUCCUGGAUGGCGAACAAGGAACGCCGGAGCAUGCUGCUGUGCAGCAUCGUCAACUCCUUUGCGACCAGAUCUUGGAUAAGGACAAGGCUCUGCACCGUUACAUCGAUGCGUUGGCCCACAAAACCCCGCAAAUGAGGAUUCUAGAAGUCAACGCCAGCACCGGCUCGCUGGCCCCGCAAUUGAUAAGUGCUUUAACACACCAUGGUGUAGAUGGAACAGAGACGCAUCGCUUCUCACUUUACGAUUACACUGACAGAUCGGACCGAUGUCUUCAGGAAGUCCCAGAGCGCUUAGCCGCACUGGGUCGCAAAGUCGCAUACAGAGUACUCGAUAUCGAUCAAGACCCAGUAGCGCAAGAAUUUGACCUUGCUAGCUAUGAUGUGGUUGUGUCUGCAUGGGUCUCUGGUCAUGUCCAAGGCCUGGCUUCCUUUGUCAGAAACGCUCGGAAACUACUCAAACCCGGCGGCACACUCCUGAUCCUAGACAUGGUCCGAGGAGGUUCAUUGAGAUCGGGCUUUGUAUUCGGAACCCUACCAGAAUGGUGGGAAGACACAUGCUCAGUACAAGGCUGGGACAGUCUGCUCACCUCCAACGGCUUUUCAGGAGUUGAAAUCUCGUUUCCGCAUGAUUUGGGGUGCAAUGUUAUGGCUACAACAGCAACCGGCACUAUGGCCAUAAACUGCAGUCCUCCUCUGAAGCGGACUAUCCUCGUCAUUGAUCCUGAAUCCCGCUUACAAGCCCAGGUAGCGAGCAUAUUAUCAGAUACGAGCCUCAGAGUUGGAUACGCCAUUGAGAUUUGCUCGCUCAGCGAUAUGGACACGUUAUCGACUUCCACGGACGGCUCUUUGGUGGUCAUGCUCCCUGAGAUAGAACAGCCUUUCCUGGUCGAUCUCAAUGAAACCACUUAUAAAGCCCUCCACAGCCUCCUCUGUAAAGCCCAAGACGUUGUUUGGGUUACUGCAGGAAAUGAGGAGUCGCCUCACGCACCCCGGCGUCACAUAGUUGAUGGCCUGGCGAGAGUGCUGUGCACUGAGAAUGAUCGACUCUCCUUUAUCACCGCACACUUGGAAGACCAUGCCGCCAACCCUGCCGUGUGGGCAAAACAUAUCUAUCAGAUCAUGGGCACGAGACUCGAGCAACAGGCUACCAAGGCCAGUGAGCUCGAUUACCGAGAGCAGGAUGGAGUGCUGCACAUCGGUCGCGUGGCUGAAGCAGAAGAGUUAAACGAUGCUCUGUUCGAACAAACGCAGGCUCCGCCUAAGGUGCGUCCGUUCAAGCAGGGCCCUCCAUUGACCUGUACGAUCGCGAACCCGGGGUCAGUGGAGAGCAAAGCGAUGCUCUUUGUUGAAGACACCGGGGCCAUCGAGCGCCCACUCGGUGAUGAUGAAGUGGAAAUCGAGGUGAAAGCGGUGGGGGUCAACUUCCGCGAUAUCUUUGUCCUGCUGGGCCGGCUCAGUGACGGCGACAGCAUCGGUACAGAAUGCUCAGGGAUUGUGACCCGGGUGGGUGCGGCAGCAACUUCGGACCUGAAGCCAGGAGACCGGGUCUGUGCCGUCCUCCUCGACUGUUUCCGCACCCUGGUUCGUUGCCACUACCAAUUUGUUUCGAAGAUCCCGGAUGCCCUGAGUUUUGCCGCGGGCGCAGCGAUCCCCCUCGGCGGCGUGACUGCAUAUCAUUCCCUGGUGCAGAUCGCACGGUUACGGAAGGGAGAGACAGUGCUCAUUCACUCGGGGGCUGGGGGUACUGGGCAAAUGGCCAUCAAAGUUGCCCAAGCCCUGGGGGCUAAGGUCUUUGCCACGGUCGGCUCAGACGACAAACGGGACUUGCUUGAGCGGCUGUAUGGCAUUCCCAAGGAGCAUAUAUUCUACAGUCGAGACACGUCGUUCCAGCGCCAUGUUAUGCGAUUGACUGGUGGCCGUGGUGUGGAUGUCGUGCUGAACUCGCUCUCCGGCGAUGGCCUCAUUGCCUCGUGGGAGUGCAUCGCCCCGUACGGACGGUUCGUGGAACUGGGCAAGUCCGAUAUUCAAUCAAACUCCAAGCUGCCAAUGCGCAACUUCGGGCGCAACGUCUCCUUCUCGGUAGUAGCCAUCGACCAGAUGCAUUAUGACCGACCGUAUAUCAUCCAGGAAUCGCUGGGGCCGGUCGUGGAGAUGGUCACGGCUGGCACACUGCAGCCCGCCUGGCCACUUCAGGAAUUCACCCUCUCAUCGGCAGAGGAAGCAUUCCGCUUGAUGCAAAGCGGCAAAAAUGUGGGCAAGUUGGUGAUCAACAUGACCCCCACCGACCUCGUACAAACGUCCAUUCGACAUGUCCCCAGAUAUUCAUUCCCUCCCGAGGCAACGUACUUGAUUGCCGGUGGACUCGGGGGCCUAGGGCGAAGCGCCGCUCGAUGGAUGGCAUCCAUGGGGGCGAAGAAUCUGAUCCUGCUGUCUCGAUCGGGUCCCAAGGCAACCGCAGCACAAGAGCUCAUUCGGGAACUCACCGAUCAGGGAGUUCGCGUCCGGGCUCCCCGGUGUGACCUGACUUCUUCCGAGGCGUUGACUCGGGCUCUAGAGGAGUGCCGGGACCUGCCUCCGAUCCGAGGGUGUAUCCAAGGAACAAUGGUUUUGCAGGACACGAUCUUCGAAAGUCUGACCUUCAGUCAGUGGGAUACUACUCUCCAGUCCAAGGUGAAAAGUACGGAGAACCUGCACGCGCAGCUCCCUGCCGAUCUCGACUUCUUCAUUCUUCUCUCCUCGCUUGCCGGUGUCAUUGGCCACAUUUCACAAGCCAACUACGCAGCGGGGAAUACCUUUCAGGAUGCAUUUGCGGCUUACCGUCGGUCUCUGGGUCAGCGCGCGGUCGCGCUCGAUCUGGGAUGGAUGCGCGAGAUUGGAGUUGCUGCUGAGCAAGAACACUUGGCCAUGCGUGUGGAUGCGGCCCCCAGUAUGGCUGGGAUCAGCGAGGCCGAGUUCCUGGCCCUCCUGGAGCGGUGCUGUGAUCCUGCGGCGAAUCCAGUCACCACGACCAUUAGCAGCAAACCACAGAUUCUCGUCGGAGUGGUUACACCGGCACAGCUUCGGGCUCAUGGCCACGAGACACCAACGUGGCUGACCGAACGCAGCAUGUUCCAAACCCUCCGGCAAGAAGCGACGGGACCAGGGGAGACCGACGGCGCAGAUAACAAUCCCAUCAACCCCGGCGGCGACACCUCACCCAGCAAUUGGCACCGGGCAUUUGCGCGGGCAGAUUCUUCCUCAGCCGCGGUCACCGUGGUGAUCGAAGGGUUGACGCGAAAACUUGCACGGUCGUUGAGUCUGACGUCGCCAUCCGAGAUCGACCAGCAGCGCUCGCUGGCUCUACAAGGGGUGGACUCGUUGCUGGCGGUGGAGAUGCGCCAAUGGGUCUCGCGGGCGUUUGCGGCCGAGGUUUCAGCGCUAGAUAUCACGAGUGCGCCGAAUCUGGAGGAGUUGGCGGGAAUGGUGGUUGCGUAUAGCGAGGUGAAAUUCGAUUGA